GUAACUUACACCAGAAACAAGAAGUAUGCGAAGAUGUGAGUGCCCAGACAUCUGUGCCAAAAGGAUUUGCUCGACGUCGCCGUUGCAGCAGCUCUGUGAGUGACAAGGACGUUAAACAGCAACGACUAGAUUCAGCUGAAAAGUACCGGCAUCUCCUCAUCGAUUCUAUCCGCCAGAGAUACGGAAGCAGGAGAGCAGCAGGAGCAGCAGCACAGGAGCAAACACAGCCACUGUCUUUCAACCAGGCUUUUGUCAACCUUGUCAUUCGGCAGAGCAAAGCAUCCCGCUUAAAAGAGAGAACAGAUAAACCCCGAGAGGAUAUGGCAGGUGCUCCUGAACCAGAAGAAUGUGCAGAUACAGCCAUGAAAGUUUCAGAUCUGUUUCAUAGUGUGGUCUCAUCCAGCACAAAGGUGAUUUUUUUGUUUGGUAAACCAGGUACAGGCAAGACCAUGCUAAUGCGCAGGAUUUGUCAGAAAUGGGCAGAAGGGGUCCUCCCUCAGUUUCUCUUCACUUUCCUGUUUGAGUUUCGGCAGCUGAAUUUAUUAAAAAGAAAAUUGACUCUGAGGGAACUUUUGUUUGACCUAUUCCUUCAGCCAGAAGACAGCCCUGAUGCAGUGUUCCAAUACCUCUUGGAAAAUGCCUGGCAUACACUGAUCAUCUUUGAUGGGCUGGAUGAGUUUGCAGAUAACAUGGACGUGUCAUCCUCUUUUAAGGGAGACCCAGCUCCUACCUCCCGUGUGUCCGUAUCCAAGCUCUUUGCAGACCUCUGCCGUGGGAAGCUCCUGCCUGGUUGCACGGUGUUGGUCACCAGCCGACCUAAGAGACUACCCAGUUUCUUAUUAAACACAGUAGAUCUGCUAGCAGAAAUUUGGGGAUUUGACCAUGAGAAGGUUGAGGAAUACGUUAGCCACUAUUUUCAUCGGCAUUCAUUCAAAGAACAAGCCAUUGCUCACCUGAAGAACAACACCAAGCUGCUCAGCAUGUGCCUCAUCCCUGCUCUGUGUUACGUUGUCUGCAUCUGUUUGGAGUAUUUGCUCCUUAAACAUCAGAUAAGUGUGGAGCUUCCUCAGACUAUGACACAGUUCUAUAUCAAAAUGCUUCUCAUCUUCAUAAACAAACAGCAGGGAGAGCAUGCAGGUGGUGAAGUGGCUCAGCUGAACUGUAACAGGAAGGCCAUUCUGAGUCUGUGUGAUCUUGCACUGAAAGGCCUGGAAGAUAAGAAGCUUGUAUUUUAUGUUGGUGAUAUUCCAGAGCAUGUGAAGGAAUUUGCUUCCUUACAUGGAUUACUGUCUGUCUUUGAGGUGAAGACAAGUGGGACUUGCCCAGAGGCUGGCUAUGCUUUUGUACACUUGAGCUUGCAGGAGUUUUUUGCAGCACUGUGUCUCAUGGUAAGUGAGAGGGUGGACAAGAACUACCUGAAGAAGAAGUUUUCUUUGAAGUCAAAGUGGAUUUUAAAGAAUGAGGCAAAGACUGAGUUCAUGGAGAGUUUUCACAUCUUUCUCUCAGGCUUGUCGUCAAAAGAAUGUAGGACCUUUCUCAUGCUGCUAGCUGAACAAGAUGAAGCUUGGGUGCAGGAUAAGCAGGAUGCAAUCCUGCAGUCUCUCAAAAAACUGGCAGCCACUCAUCUGACAGGACCUAAGGUCAUUGAGCUCUGCCACUGCACAUUUGAAACACAAGACCUCAAAGUAGCCCAGCAUAUUGGGGGCCUGCUGAAUUUCAAGUACGAGUUUAAAAACUUUAAACUGACACCUCUGGACAUGUCAGCUUUGGUUUUUGUCAUAAACUCGGGCCAGAAUUUGACUCAGUUGGAUUUUGCAGGAUGUCUCAUGGACAUUGACUGUUUGGAGGUUCUGGCUGUCUGUAAAAAUGUAGAGCACUUGAGCUUUCGUAGUAGGAGAUGUGGCGAUGACUUUGCUGCUGCUCUUUCGAGGAGCUUACGAGGAAUGGGGAGCCUGAAGAAACUAGAGUUAACAGGUGGGAGUAUCACAGCUCAGGGGAUGACUGACUUGGUCCAGGCUUCAUCACGAUGCCUUCAGCUUGAGGAAAUCAACUUGCAGGACAAUCGGAUACGGGAUCUAGAGGUAAAGAGGGUGAUGGACCUGUUUUCCAGAAUGGAAAAGCUGAAGACAAUAGAUCUAAGCAACAACAGUCUUUCCUUGAAUGCUGUUCUCACGUUGGCAAAGGAAGUCAUCGCCUGUCAAAAUGCCACUGAACUGUGUGUCAGGAAGGACACCGUGAGGAUAUAUUUUUCUGGCCCAUCUGGAGAAGUUCCAAGAUCUUUGGAUUUGAGGUGGGAAGAGAAUAAGGAACGCGUAACUCCAACUCGAUCUGUGAAGUUAUGCUUGCAGGAUUGCAGCCUGUCUUCCCAACACGUAGAGGAGAUCGUUGCCAUUCUCCAGAGCUGUCCCUGUCUCUCCGAAGUGGAUUUAUCAGGUAACAAGCUUGGAGAUGAAGGCUGCAAUUGCCUGCUGGAAAACCUCCCUUGGAUAUCGAUUUCAAAGCAGCUGGAUCUCAGUCAAAACCACCUCUCUGUUAAUGGCAUUUGCAGUCUGUUGAAGACAGUAAAUACCUGCCAGAAGAUGGUGGAGGUACAAGCCAGCCUUUGUCAUCAGACUGCAGUCCUGAGGUUUACAGAAGAAAGAACAUCUGCUUCUCUUUCUCCUAGGGAAGAGCCUGUGUUCUCUACUGAUGACCAACAAUAUGGAGAAGAAAUCCAGACACCUACUGCACCCAAAAAAAUAAGACUGACAGACAGUCUUUUUCAAGCCAGUGACCUGGAGAAGCUGUGUACAGUCCUGAAGGAAUGUAGCAGCAUCUCUGAGCUGGACCUAUCAAAUAAUUAUCUGGAAGAUGAGGGACUUUUCCAGCUGUUUCAGUUCCUCCCGAAUUUGAAAAUGUUAUGUUCUGUCAAGCUCAAUGACAACCACAUCUCCCUGAACUCUGUGUUUUUCUUAGCUCAGUCCUUGUCUACACUGGAACACAUUAAAACAAUGAACCUCAGCAUAGGAGACACGCAGAUGGUUCAUCUAACCUUUUGGGAAAGAAUAAGGGCCAGAAAUACCAGCAGAUGGGGAAGGAGUUUCCUGGCACAUCCCAAGCAUGUAGCAAAUGGACGGUGCUUUCGUCUCAGGGACUGCAGAGUGGGUCCAGAGGAUGUGACCAGGCUGUGCCAGAUACUGGCUCAGUGUCCCCAGCUGACAGAAAUUGAUCUGUCUGGAAAUUCAUUGAAUGACCAUAGCAUUGAGAGAUUACUGAGCUUCCUGCCAUACCUCUGUCAUCUGACACUACUGAGUAUUAGGAAUAACACGUUUUCCCCAUGUUGUACUGUCUUACUCAUCAACUCCAUCAACCUCUGUGAGCGGAUCAGAAUGGUAGAAGUCCGGUCAAGUGAGAAUGCUUUUUUGCAUUUAGGAGCAAGCAUGCAAACCCAAAAGAUAUCCUGCAGGGUGACGGACUGUGCCAUCGGUCAAGGGCAGGUAGAUGAGCUCUGCAGAGUCCUGGCGCAGCGUGGAUGGUUGGCAGAAGUAGAUCUCUCCAGGAAUCAGCUGGGAGAUGAAGGCCUACGGAGCCUCUUGGAUCACUUGCAUCAAGUGCCUGGUACCUGUUCCCUCAAUCUCAGCCAUAAUAGGAUUUCUCAGAAUGGAGUUCUUCAUCUCAUAAAUGCCUUGGCCACUUCUGGAAAUACCACUGAAGUUCAAGUCAGUUUGUGCUCUAAAGCAACUUUAAUCAUCAAGUUGACAAGCAGAGAUGAUCCAGGAAAGAUUUUGAGACUCGCAGAGUGCAGCUUUCAGCCAGAGCACUUGGAAAAGUUGUGCCUGCUCCUGGAAAAGUGCACGGGUCUGACAGAGUACACAUCCUCAAAUAACAACGUGACAGUCCAAGCUGCAGAGAGACUUCUGCAUUCACUGAGGAAAAAUCCGGGCCCUCUGAAAAUCAGGUAUUGUGUCACUGUGCUGUUUCGGAUACUGAUCGAGGCUGCUCUGAUCAUCCAAG